GUAACUCUGUUAACGUAAGACAUAAAAUCAAUUAAAGCCAUACAACAUGGGUGUGUCGUGUUACAGGUACAAAUCACAUAAAAUUAGAGGAAAUAUAUGUAUGACCUUGUAAGGUACAAAUCACAUACAAUUAAUUCAUGGAUAUAAAAUAUUUCAUCAUUGUUUGACCUUUUAAUGACGCAAGUUCAUUAAAAUGCGAUAUGGACACGUUUCUAGUUCUAAUUGCAUUAUCCAUUAUCGUAUUACUAAUAAAUACAUCACUUGCAAAACGUGAUGGAAACGCAACACGGAAAUGUAGACCAGAUAUUUCUAAACUUGAAAAAACUAUACAUGGAGAACAUGUAGAAUUGGCAAAGUGCUGUGAAAAUAAUGGAAGGAUGGUGGAAAGGAUUCUUGCUAAACUUGAUGUCUUAGAAAAGAAGUCCAGACAACGGAAUAAUGAUGAGGAACGGCGUUCAGCAUCCACAAGAGGCAUUGAUGAUCGUCGCCAUAGCAACAAGAAAGAUCACAAAAAGGCGCGAGUUAAAUGUGAAAACCGUGACUUCAUCUGGGCACAAAUGAACAAUACAUGUAUAAAGGGACUGAACAGCACCUUAUUAACAUCUUCGUCUAUUGCUGAGUGCAAGAAAUCCUGUGAUGACCAAUCGUCUAAUUGUAUGUCAAUAAGCCACAAUGCUGCUACCGAAGAAUGCCAUCUUCAAAGUAAAUAUUCUGGGGUGUGGCAGGUCAUCAGUCCAUGCGAUUUGGAAGGAUGGGACUACGCUGAAAAAAGGGUCAAACCAAAUUGGAAAUGGUUUGACAUGCCAAACACAUGCAUUAUGCAUUCAAAUGUAAAACGAUUCAUCACUUUGUCUUGGUUUUCCUGCAAGGCUGCCUGCGAAUAUGAGGAAUCAUUUGAAUGUAGGUCGAUUGAAUUUGACAAUAAAACCAAAGAAUGCCAUCUUCAAGCGAAGCACUCGGGGAAUUCACCACUAAGCAGUCCAUGUUAUUCCAGAGGCUGGGACUAUGCUGAAAGACAAUUCUUUUGAAAUGUACAUCCUAUCAGAAAGUAAUAAAAUACAGACAUACUGUCUUGGUAUACAAUGUAAAUGGUCUUCAGCCUUUUUGGAUCGAAACAACGCUAUCAACGCUUGCGUGUGUUAGACUCGAAAAAAACACAUUUCAUACACAAAAUUCAGCGUAAUUCACUGAUCAACGGCAGACCGAAACUAAAUGAAGUUAGUCCCAUCCAAAACAAAUUUCAAUUUUAGCCGAACCAAAUAAAGUCCUG